AAGCGCACGCAGAACGUUUCUAUGAAGUGAAGCAAGUGAAUUGUUAUUCCUUUUCCGCCACAGCAGGCGUGGUAUCUGGUCGUGUGAUUGUUUUGUUUGUCCUGAGUUUUGUGUUGUGUCUACGUUUUCUUGAACUUUAAAUUAUGUUAAUAUCAUCCGACAAACCCGAUUCUUCAACUAACGGUUACUCUCAUUAUGAUUUCAUCCCAUCAACUAAAGAAAAAUCACAUAAAAAUGGUUUUUCUCAUCCGGUGAAAAACGGGAGCAUUCCGACUUACGCUCAGGUACAAACGCCUCCAAAAGAGCUAAAAGAGGAAUUUGAAGAAACUCCCUAUUUAAUCGUUUUAACUAUUUAUUUAUGCUAUGCAGUUCUUAUGGUUUUUGGUUACUUGAGGGAUUUUAUGCGUAAGUCUGGCUUGGAAAAGAACUUCAUGGCUAAAGAAUUAAAUAGAGAAGGCUAUGUUCCAUUAUACCAUAGUUUCGAAAGCUUUUACACUCGAAAUGUUUACAUCCGUAUCCGUGAUUGUUUGAAUAUGCCUAUUUGUGGUGUUCCCGGUGCCUUGAUGAAAAUGAGAGAAAGAAUUACGAAUGAUUACAAUAUUAGUUUUAAACUUACAGAUAAGUCUUUUGAUGUAAUCAACAUGGGUUCCUACAAUUACCUUGGCUUUGCUGAAAACGAAGGGAAAUGUCUCGAAAGUGUUAAGGAAACUUUGUACAAGUAUGGGUCUGCAACAUGCAGUACAAGACUUGAACUUGGUACUUUAGAUAUCCAUGUUGACUUAGAGAAGCAAGUGGCUGAGUUCCUUGGUGUAGAAGACAGCAUUAUAAUUGGAAUGGGCUUUGCAACCAAUUCCACCACUAUUCCAUCUCUUGUUUCUAAAGGGUGUUUGAUUUUUAGUGACGAGCUAAAUCAUGCCUCUUUAGUCUUGGGAUGUCGUCUUUCUGGGGCCAAGAUUAGAGUUUUUAAACAUAACAAUAUGAAAGAUUUAGAGAAACAAAUCCAGUCAGCUAUUAUUGAAGGACAGCCACGUUCUCACAGACCAUGGAAGAAAAUAAUAAUUAUUGUGGAAGGGAUCUAUAGUAUGGAAGGGACAAUUGUUAAUUUGCCAGCCCUUAUUGAUUUGAAGAAAAAAUACAAAUGUUAUUUAUAUGUGGAUGAAGCUCACAGCAUUGGUGCCAUUGGACCUCGUGGACGAGGUGUAGUCGACUAUUUUGGAUGUGAUCCUAACGAUGUAGAUAUCCUCAUGGGUACCUUUUCUAAAAGUUUUGGAGCAGCUGGAGGCUAUAUAGCUGGAUCACGGAAUACCAUUGAUCAUAUUCGAGUCUACUGCUACAAUUUUAUGUAUGCAACUAGUAUGUCUGCUGUUGUCGCCAAACAAAUAUAUACAUCUAUGCAGAUCGUCAUGGGAAAGGAUGGAACCAAUGAGGGUUUGAAACGUAUUAAUCAAUUACAACGAAACACACACUACUUCCGUCAGAAAUUAAAACAGAAAGGAUUUAUUAUUUACGGCAAUGAAGAUUCUCCUGUUGUGCCUUUGAUGCUCUUCUUCCCAUCUAAGAUAGCUGCAUUUGUUCGCCACUUACUAAAACAUGGAAUAGCUACUGUUGGAGUUGGGUUUCCUGCAACAUCACUUACAACGGCCAGAGCGCGCUUCUGCAUUUCAGCAGCUCACACAAAGGAAAUGUUAGAUGAAGCUUUAUCAGUUGUGGAGACAGCAGGACGUCUGAUCAUGGUGGAUUACUCUCGUAAGCCAAGAUCUCAGGAAAAUGUGAUUUACUAGUCAGUUGGGGAAAAAAUGUCAUUUAACAAAAGUGCCUUCGUGCGCCGCAAGUGUUCUCUCAAAAAAUAUAGCCAUGUGUGUUGUUUGCGUAAAGAAGAUAAAAAAAAACUGUGAAUUCAGUACAUUCCUUUCAGUACUGCCUUUUACAGAAUUUGCUAUAUUUUUUAGCUUUUGGAACAAAUGCACAUCAUUCCAGAAUUCUUUACAUUUAUCAUAAGUCACACCAUGACUAGUACUCUUUUCUCUCAGUAAUGGAAUGAAAAUUUGGUCAUUUAUUUCUAAAUCAAGUCAGAUCAAUUGGAAACUACUAUGGUGACCUGUAGUUUUAUUUUUAUCUGUAAAAUCUUUUAUUUUUUGGAUUGAAAAAAUUAUAUCUUAAAAAAAGGAAAGCUAAAAUCUGGGAGAAUAGAAACAGUUAUGGUUCUUAUUCACUCUUUUGUUUUUCCUAUCUGUUGGGUGCUAUAAGAUAUUUUCUUGCAGCUUUGGUAUGCUCAAUAAGCUGUUAUGUUUUUGAUUUCAGUAUAUAUAUAUACAUAUAUAUAAAUGUGAAAAUAAUGGCUCUUAUAUCCAAAGUUCAAGACAUUAUUUGUCUUCCGUGCUUAUUUUCCCCCUUCCCCUUAUAUUUUAUUUUUAAAAAAUGUUGGCAUCAUGCCAUCAUUGCUUUUUGCGCACAUAUGUGUAAAAAUAUCUGGAAUGUAGCUUUUCAUUUUCAGUGAGAGGUUUCAACAUGGCAGUUAUAAUGAAAGAUACUAUAUGUAAAAUCUUAGCAAAUUUUUCAGUGAGGAUAUUCGCAAUCUUCUGUUGAAAGAUGUUAACAUGCAUCAUUGCUGUUGUUUUGCAUGUAUGAGAUCUAUUUUAUUGCACUGUGUUGGUUAAAUUCAACAGUUGCACUUUGAAUGAAAAUUUUUGCUUCCAUUUAUCAAUCUUUUAGUGUGAUUCUUAAUAUUUUCCCUGAUUAUAGUGCACUAUUCAAAUAAUAAUGAAGUAAUCUGUAUUAAGAUUUCUUCCAUUUUUCUAAGCAUCAUUAGUAGUACUUCACACUAUUAUAAAUAAUUUGCUUUCAUAUCUCUUUGUAAUCAUAACUGCAUUUUAUAAAUAUGUAUACCUGUGUAUGAAUCAUUUCUUCUUUACCUUCGAUAAUUUUACAAUUGGUAGAAAAUAAUUGUCUUCUUGUUAUUCUACCCGGUGUGGACCUCUUCUUAAUCUUAUAAGAAUCAAGAGUGUUUGUUAUGUACUUAAGAACUAAUAUCGUGUUUUAAUGUAUAGCAAUAUUUAUUACGGAGAUGCCUUUGAAAGUGAUAAUAGUAGAAUCGAGUAUAUUUUAUCAAAAAUCAAAAUCUAUUCCUCUAUGCCUUGCAAGUCAGUAUCUGUUAAUACUUGUAUGAUAUAAGAUUCUAUAUUAAUCAUUAUUGGCAUUGAAAUGAUAUAUUGUUGAAGGAAUAAUGUCUAAUAAUAUAUUCUAAAUGAAGUCUGUUGAAUUAAUAUUGGAAAAUACUAAACAUUCCACUUAUACAUUUCAUAAACAAAGUAUAUUUUCUGUAAAGGAAAGUCUAUCCUCAUCUGCCAGUUUUAACUGAAGAAAGUUAAAUAAGCAAGCCAUAUCAUCAUUUAUUAAUUUGUGAGCUAGCUGUUCUUGAUAUCUAGCCAUUUGUAAAUUUUUGGCAGUGCUUUUCUGUAUUGUUGAUUUAUAUAUAUUCUGGCUUUAAAUAUAGAAUCAAUUUAAUAUGUGUAAAAAAACGAUGUAUUUUUAAGAGAUAUUGAUUUUCUUUCAUUUUAAGCCCUGAUUAUUUUUGUGUACUUUUGUGAUGUGUUCAUUUUUAUUCUCAGGGAUAAUUUCUUUUUUUUGGAAUUGUGAUUAAUUUUUUAAAAAAAUGUUUAAUUUUAUUUUUCUAUUUCUUAUAUAUAUAUAUCGAAACUUUAAUUUUUUAUUAAAAUUUUCAUAUACUUUAAUCAAAGUUCUUCAAUCAAUGUUUAAAUUAGAAUUGUGACCGUUUUUAAUGUCAUCAGUUGUCAAAAAAAUAGUCAAAGUAUGGUUCAUGUACAUUUGAAAAUUUUGUGAAAUAUUUGUGCUGGUGAUUUAUUCCAUUUAUUUUCAUGUAGUUAGUUGACUAAGAUUAAAGUACACUGCAUUUUCUAGUACAAAUAAUAUAAUUUUAAUAUUGAACUGCCCAAAGAUUAGUUAAUAAGAGUCAGGUAUAACUUAUAAAUGUAAAUUAUAAAAUAUAUUUAAUUUAAGAUAUAUUUGAGAUAUAUAAAUAUAGUAUAUAUUCUAUAUUAAAUAAUUUUAUUUACAUCUAAUGUGCUGUCUCUCUGUAGUGUAAUUUGCCAUAUAUAUGCAUAGAUUCUUCAAAGUAGUUGUGGAAGAUACGAUUUUCUUUAGAAUGCUUUUGCUUUGAAUAUUCUUUUAGUGAGUUCUUUUUGUGUUUAAAAUUUUAUUCAUUUUAAUUUAUGAACUUCAGAAGAGAUCUUCUAAUGGAAAUCUAGUCCAUAAUUUUUAGAUUCUACAAAUUUCUCAAAUAUAUGAGCUUUAUCCAAAAUUUUAAUAUUUGAAGUGACUGGCAUUUAGAUUAGACAAAAGCCUUUCAUAACUGUUAAGUAGAUAGUUGAAUUUUACUACUGAACAUCAUUCUCUUGUUUGUAUUUAUUAAUAAGAAAUCAAGUCUUAAGUAGUUAAUUAGUACUAGUUCAUUUUUAAUUAAUGUAAUUGUAUUGAAAUGAUAAUAAAUUGAUUGACUAAUAUGUAAUAUGGUGAAAUAUAAUCUUCUCCCAUUUUGAAUUCUAAAAUUAAUAUAAUUAAAAUUUAAUUUCCUGUCCAGAUGUUUAAUUAUGUUUCUUUAAAAUGAUCAAGUUAAUUAUCACCAGCAAGAUUACUAAUUUGAAUUUUUCUAUUAUUUUAAAAAAUAGUAAAAACGUUUUAGAAUAUAUCAAAAUUUCAAAAAUAUAGUAAAUUAAUAUUCUAUUUUUAACUGAAUAUUAGAUGGAUUGUACAAUCAAGGUGAAACAUUUCUCUCUUACACAUGCUUUGUUUUUGGAACAUGACUCGAUUCCUCGUGUUUUAUCUUUUAGUAUUAUAUUGUCAAAGUAUGAUGGUGUACACACAUUUCUUUAAGUGAUGCUGUUACAUCUCUGUUUAGCAUGUUGCCUUAAAUAUCAAAAGAAUCAGUGAUAAACUCGUCACUAAUAUAUGUUAUGUAAAUAUUAUGUACAUUAAUAUGUAUCACUACACUAUUAUUUCUAUUAGUUUUGCUUUUUUAUUUUUUUAGUUUAUAGAACAAUUAUACAUGUAUAGAAGUUCCUGUAGGUGCUGAUUAUUUGAAUUUGUUGUAUUUGGUUUUUCUGCAGCCAUGUCAGGCACAGAUGCUUGUACGAAAGUUUAUUUUCAUGGAGUUUGAGCUUUUUAUGAUAUCAGUAUUUUUUGAAGCAUUUUUAUGUACAGUUUUGGUAUUGCUUUAAUUGUACACGCUGGCGUUGUCAUACACUUACCAGUUUUAUAUUUUUAACCACUUUUUGCUGUUAUGCAUAGAUUACAUAUAUAUAUAGGAGCAGCAAUUGUAACAUCUUGUUGUAAUAUUGAGUUGAAAUUUCUUCAGAUUUUCUAAUAUAUUUAUCAUUUAGAAUUGAAAAGAUACCGAGUGUGUUUGGAUUUUAAGCUGGUUUUGCAUUCCAUGAACAAGCCUAUUUUUUUUUUACUGUUUGUCUCAUCAGAUUGUGAUAAGUCUUAUGAGAUUUGUGUGAGCUGUUUAUCGAUAAUAAAGUGUAAUCAAAGACUGAAAACAA